ACGCACGUGUUCGUCAACAAACAACAUGGCUGAAGGUACCGCUGCUUCUCGCUGGCUGCUCUAGUCUUGUCUCAAUCUCUCCAGGAAUUUAGGGUCUAUUGGUGUGUUAGGCAACCAGUGGUAUUGCAAGGCAUAACCUUGCCCCGGAAGCCACAACCUGUGUUGCAUAAUCACUACAAUUGUCCUAGGAACGUGAAUAGAUUUAUUAAGAAGAAUGGAGGACGUAAAAGGUGAAGAGAAAAAGAAAAAAAUGAAGUCUGUAGGUAAGAUUCAGCAAGAAACUACUUUUUUAAUUGAGCCAUCACCUAUCCCUGCAAAAGCCAUCGAUACUUCAGAGUGGCCUCUUUUAUUAAAGAACUUUGACAAAUUAAAUGUGCGAACCAACCAUUAUACUCCACUGCCUUUUGGCUGCUCACCGCUAAGGCGCAAUAUUACUGAUUAUGUUAAGGCUGGAUUUAUUAACCUUGAUAAGCCUUCAAAUCCCUCCUCACAUGAAGUUGUGGCUUGGAUAAAACGGAUACUACGUUUAGAGAAAACUGGGCACUCUGGAACCUUAGACCCAAAAGUUACAGGAUGUUUAAUUGUUUGCUUGGAAAGAUCGACCCGACUGGUUAAAUCACAGCAGGGUGCUGGUAAAGAAUACGUGUGUAUCUUCCGUCUACAUGAAAAUGUAGAGAGUGAAGCAAGGGUGAGGCUGACAUUGGACAAACUGAAAGGGGCACAGUUCCAGAGACCACCAUUGAUCUCUGCCGUCAAAAGACAGCUUCGUGUUCGAACUGUGUAUGAUAACAAACUUCUUGAAUAUCAUCCAGAACAGAAUAUGGGUAUCUUUUGGGUAAGUUGUGAAGCUGGCACCUACAUCCGUACAAUGUGCGUGCACUUGGGUCUUCAUCUAGGCACUGGAGGACAGAUGCAGGAGCUGCGUAGAGUACGCUCAGGUAUUCAGGGAGAAAAAGACUCGAUGGUAACAAUGCAUGAUAUUAUGGAUGCUCAGUGGCUCUAUGACAAUCACAAAGAUGAAAGUUACCUGCGGCGUGCAAUUAAGCCUUUGGAAGCCAUGCUAAUUGCUCACAAGAGAAUUAUAAUGAAGGAUUCUGCAGUAAAUGCUGUUUGUUAUGGUGCCAAGAUCAUGUUGCCAGGUGUACUACGCUAUGAAAAUGGCAUAGAAAUGGAUGAAGAAAUAGUCGUGUGUACAACUAAAGGGGAAGCCAUAUGCAUAGCAUUGGCAAUGAUGACAACAUCGACUAUGUCAUCGUGUGACCAUGGUGUUGUGGCCAAAAUUAAGAGAGUCAUCAUGGAGAGAGACACGUAUCCUCGUAAAUGGGGUUUAGGUCCCAAGGCCACCAUGAAGAAAACGAUGAUUAAGGAAGGAGCAUUAGAUAAAUAUGGUAAACCAAAUGAGAACACUCCGUCAGAUUGGUUAAAAGGUUAUAUUGACUAUAGUCAAUCCAAAAUUAAAGAGGAACCACUAACCCAUGUUAAAACUGAACCUGAUGUCUCCACAUCUAAAAAGCGCAAGCUCAGUGAAGGAUCAGGGGUACCUGGCACUGAAGAAACUGCAAUGGACACUUCACAUCUAGAAACCUCCCAUAAAAAGAAGAAAAAGAAGAAGAAGAAGACAGAAGAAGAGGAAAGAGAGGUCCAAGUAAAAGAAGAAGUUGUGGAGGAGUUGACAGAAGAGACUGGAGAAAAGAAGAAGAAGAAGAAAAAGAAGGAGAAAAAGGAGAAGAGAGUGAAGGAGGGGGAGGCAGAAGACAAUGCAGAUUGAUUAUCGGCAUCACUAGUAUUUUUAGUUACAACAAAUGGAGAGUGAUACAUGCAAUGUCAAGUUUCUGGUGCUUAAAACUUGUUUGGUACAGAUCUCAUACAUUUAUGGGAAUACUAAUUUUGCUCUUUUUAAACUGUUGGGUUAGGUUGAAUCAUCUGAUUAUUAUCAAAGUCAUUACAACCUAAUUGUGCAAUUAAUCAGUCUUAUAUCUGAGUUAGGUUAGGAAUGGUUCUUCAGUGUCCAUUUCCAACUUGCUCUCACAAUCUUGUGCUCAACCCAUUGAUUGCCUUGAGUCAUGGAAUUUCUCUUAUAGCUAUAUAUAUAUAUAUAUAUAUAUAUAUAUAUAUAUAUAUAUAUAUAUAUAUAUAUAUAUAUAUAUAUAUAUAUAUAUAUAUAUAUAUAUAUAUAUAUAUAUUAAAAUAUAAGGGGGUGGUAGAAGACAAUAUGUGCCAGUGCACGAGAGAGCCAGACAAGGCUUUCCUGGGUGCUGUAUAUCGUCGUCUUUGAGGUUUAAGGGGUCCCUACAAACAACCAAAGGUGGUACCCCUAUAUAUGUAUAUAGGGGUAUCACCACUGGUGCAAUUGUAAGGACCCAUAUCCUCGAAGAAAGAAAUAGUUUUCAAAGACCUUAUUUAUAUAUAUAUAUAUAUAUAUAUAUAUAUAUAUAUAUAUAUAUAUGCAUAUAUAAAAUAUUGGAAAUAUGGGGAUCUUUUUAAAUAUUGAUUAUUAGGUAAUGUAAAAGUUUUUGUAUGAUGGCAUUUUAUUAUAAUGUAUAUGAUAUUUUACAAAUUCAUAGGCAAUGAGUUAAGUAAAAAGACUUUACCAGUUUGUGAUAAAAUUUACUUGUAAAUUCUUAUUGUGUGUGUGUGCAAUAAGGUAGUCUGCUAUACAAUACAAUAAGUAUGCUGUACAGACUACAAUAAGUGUAUUGUAGUCUGCUUUCCUUGAAAAGAGGCUUAUUACAAAAUUCUUUUAAGAAAAUAUGUACUGUGCUCUAAUGGGAAUGGCUCUAUUGGUGAUACCCUUACAGCAAGCAUUUAAGUGACUUAGUGAAAUGUUUGCCAUUAUCACUACUAUUAUCACUACUUUGCCAUUAUCACUACUAUACAUAUGCUCAUGUUUAUGUAUGGUAUGUGUGUUUUCAAUAUAGUUUUAAUUUUUAUAUUUUUGUUUUCCCCCCGUGGAACUUUGCAGACUGAAACUCUGUUAUUGCCAUUCUUAUUUCAUUCAGUUGUUAAUAUACCUGAAGCAGUCACUGCAUUUAUAUUAUGCACAAAUAAAUUGACAAGGUAUAAGAAUCAAUGUGACGAUUAAUUUCUUGAAAAUUUAGGUAAAUUUUGUUCAUUUACAGUAAAUAGAAUUUGUCACAGCUGCAGUUCAAUAUCCUUAACCUUAUACAAAUUUGUGUAAUUAAGAGAUAUAUUAGUAUCUUUUUCUUUUAAUAAAACCACAUUGUAUAGCCUACCUUUAUUUCUUAAUUUGUUACUGGAGAGAGUUAUACAACUUGAAUUUUGGUCUUAUUCAAUUUUAGGUAAUGGUGUGUAUUUCCUUGACCUAGUCAGCAGACUUGUGCACAUUUCUUGAAAACACAUUUUUGACUUUGGUGGUGAGUACAAUUGUGUGCAAAAUUUUAGAGAAAAAUGAUUUGGAACAUCUUAGUAAGUGCCAGACAUGGUUGAAAAGUAUUCCAGGCUUCAUUCUAACUUUAAUGCUAGAAUGGUGUUAGGUUGUGAAUAAUGUCAAGUGUAAUUAUAGUACUCAGUAAAGUUGCUUUGUGAAUAUAUGACCUGGGUUAUCAUCCAGCAAGUGGAAAAUCCAAAUUAAGUUUCACCUGACUGCAUUAGCAUAACUUAUCACGUCUGGAUUGAAGCUGUGUUCAUAGUGGCCUCUACAGUGAUAUGUGUUUGGACCACAUAGUAUUUAAGACUUUUUAAUAAAACUUAAAACUUA